AUGGGUUUUGAAAAAGGCCUCGUUGCUUCUUCUUCCGUCGCUGCUGUUUUAACUAUGAUAGCUUGUGUAAUUUUUUUCCCAGCAUUGCUCAGGGAGAUCCAUGAAGUGCACGAUAUGGUUCUUGACGGUGUAGCCGUGUUUCGUACGGAGACUGACUCAGCUUGGAUAGAGCUCAUGGAUGUGCAGCUAAUGAUUUCGCCAGAGUCUAAACGCUACGAAAACCCAUUCUCGGUAUUUCGACGAAAACGGCAACAACCUCUUCCUCCAUGGUGUGUUUGUGAACUAAAGCCUGUCACUUGCCCGCCAGGACCGCCUGGACCACGAGGACCACCAGGAGCACCAGGAAUACCCGGAAUGCCCGGUCCAAAGGGAAGAGACGAUACGACAGUGUACGCACCAAUUCAAUGCCCUCCUCCAGAUCCCUCUUGUAUCAAAUGCCCUCCAGGACCACCAGGACCCCCAGGGCCACCUGGAGCCUGCGGGUUAAAGGGACCGAUGGGCCGACCUGGCGAGCCCGGGCAAAAGGGCAACAAUGGUCCUCGUGGCCCUCCAGGUCCUAUUGGCGAUGCUGGACCUUGUGGCCCGCGUGGGCCCAAAGGAUUGCCCGGCCUAAAAGGCAAAGACGGAAUGAGAGGCAAAGGAUUACCUGGACCAGCUGGACAAAGAGGACCAAUGGGAAUGCCGGGAAAAGCUGGUACUGACGGUAAGCCAGGUAUGCCUGGAGAACGAGGUCCCUCUGGCCCAGCCGGUCAGGAUGGUUCACCUGGACUGAAAGGAGCUGACGGCCUUCCGGGUGCACCAGGAAGGAUGGGUCCUCCAGGCAGUAAUGCUAUGAAAGCUAUGGCUAGAAGAGCUGCGCAAAUAUGGUAUGCUAAUACAUGCGUUGACAUGAUUGAGGAUGCUACCGAUAAGUGCAAAUCGUCCUUUUCUGCAAAAUGCAAAGCGGGUGGAAUACCAAAUCCACGAGAUUGUACAAAAUGUAUUUGUCCAGGCGGAUACGGAGGUCGACUUUGUGACCAGAGGCCACCCGGAUGUGGUGACACUUUGACAGCUACGACAAAUUCGGAAGCUCUAGAGGUCACUCUUGGAAGCAAAGGCAAUACACCUUUGCCUGAUCACGAGAAGUGUCAUUUUUGGAUCAAGGCUGCAAGAGGAAGAAAAAUCAGCAUUAAAAUCGAAGACAUCUACUCGCAGUGGGUUGGUGAGGGUUGCACGGCGGGAGGUGUGGAAAUCAAAGCACAGAAAGAUCAGUGUUUAACGGGCUACAGGUUCUGCAAAUUUGCAUACGUGGGAAAAACCUUCGUGUCAGAUAGUGACGUAGCUCCCGUUAUAAUCUAUCGUGAUCGUGGAAUGGUGCAAGCUAAGCUAAUCUAUCGAAUGAGUAUGUUUUGGGUAGUUCAUACCGUUUCACAAUAA